AUGUAUCAACACCUUCAAUUGGCUCAAAGCGAGAUAGGAAAUACAAGACGGCAAGUCUUAGCGAUAGAGAAAGAAUUACAACAGGAACGGAAGGCAAGCGAACUCUUUAACCAGCAAUUCAUAGAGCUACAAGAAUGUCACGACAAACUUUUGAAGGAGUACGAGAGCUGCGUGAAGGUCCAAGAAGAUCUCAAUAGAUCUGCAACAGACUCUCGGACGUUCGCUGAUGAGGUGGCUAGGCGAGCCGAAAGCCUGUUGAACAAUUCUCGAGCCAGUCUGGCUGGAGGCGACGUGGAGGGCUCACAUAAUGGUCAAAGUAUCAGUGAGAUGAUUUUAGAGUCAGCCAAGAACGCUCUGCUUGUGCAGGCAAUUUCCAGUCAGCAUUCGGAGGAUGACGAGUUUACCAAGUUGAGGUCAGUUAUGGAUCAAAAUGUGGAUUUCCAGUACCAUCACAUGGAGCUUCGCGAGAAGAUCAAAACUCUAUCCCAACAAGUCGAAGAUGGAAAGAAUGAGGUCGCAAGCCUAAAUAAGGCUCUCGAAAUUGCUACCGAAGAUGGACGACGAAAGAAAUCUCGACGAGGAAAAACAUCAGCUGGGAAGAAGCAGUGACUUCUUUCAUCAUAAUAUGCAUGAGCAUCUGUUUAUUAUCAAAAUUCUACUUCACUGUUAUGU